UGAUCUCCUGUAGGGCCUUGCAGUAGAUAUUUAGCACUGUCAAGAUGAUGACAAUAAUAGUCAUUGUGCUUGCACUUAAGAUACCACACUGCUUUUCUCAAUCAGACGGAACCUUUUUGAUCUACAACACACUUAAGAAAGGUUGCCUGGGUGACAGUUUGCAAAGUCUAAUCGUGUGUAACCCCCUCAGCCUGGGACAGCAGUUCCGCUGGACCUCCGACAGCCGCAUCUUUAGCGUCAGUAGGAUGAAAUGCUUGGGUGUGAGGGUAAACAGCGAGGGCAAUAAUCUGAUAUGGUACACCUGUGAUGCCGAGAGCAGCCUUCAAAAGUGGGAAUGCCACAGCAACUCUCUGUUUGGCCUGAAGAAUGAGUCACUGUACUUGUCUAUUCAGGGAAGAACUAAGCAAGUAAAAUUGUCCACAAACCCAGGGGCUGAGGGCAAGUGGACAGUGUUUGGAACAGUGGACAACGUCUGCUCACGGCCAUAUGAAGAAUUCUAUACCCUCGAAGGAAAUGCCUUUGGACGGCCGUGUCAUUUUCCCUUCCGGUACAAAAAUAAAUGGUAUGCAGACUGCACAACAGAAGACUCCUCCAACAGACGACUAUGGUGUGCAAUUGAAAGUGAAUAUGAGGUCAACGAGCUCUGGGGCUAUUGUCCAACACAACAAAUAGGUACCUGGUGCCUUCAGAAACACUAUACACUGUGUUCAUUCAAAAAUGUACCAAUCAAUCUAUUUUCCAUUCAAGAGUUCUGGAGCAAGAACCCCAUGACAGGCAUCUAUUACCAGGUGAAUGAGAUCUCUGUACUCACCUGGCAUCAAGCCAGGAAGAGCUGUCAACAGCAGGCUGGAGACUUGCUAAGCAUCACUGAGCCCCAUGAGCAGACCUUCAUAUCAGGGUUAACUCAGCGCAUGAAUGUAAAAUUAUGGAUUGGGCUGAACAGUUUAGAUACCUCAAGUGGCUGGCGCUGGAUCAAUGGACAACCGUUACGUUAUCUGAAAUGGCUCAGUGGUCAGCCAUCUUCCGAGCCAGGGCAUAACUGUGGCGUGACAAGUCAGUUUUAUGGCUCUGAAUGGUCCACUAGUAUUUGUUCUGAGAAACACGGAUAUGUCUGCCAAAGAGGUGUUGCUACUCUCACAAUUCCACCAGCGGUGCACACAGGGUUCUGUCCGAGCCCAUUGAUUCCUCACUCAGGCCACUGCUAUUUCAUUAAUCGUGAAAAAAAAACAUGGGUAGAGGCAAGAGACGCCUGUCGACAAGAAGGUGGAGACCUGCUGAGCAUCCUCAGUGUAGAGGAGCAAAGCUUCAUCAUCUCAAACCUUGGCUAUUCAAAGAUGGAUGAGCUGUGGAUCGGUUUUAGUGACCUCAGGACCCUGAAGCUGUUUGAGUGGAGUGAUGACUCCUGUGUCCCAUUCGCCUGGUGGGAGAGAAAUGAGCCGAGUGUAGCAGAUGAGGAGAACUGUGUUUUAAUGAGGGGAGAGGAGGGAAAGUGGGCUAAUGAAAUCUGUCAGCGCCAGUGUGGAUAUAUCUGUAAGAAAAAGACCAAUUCGAAUCCAUCCGCUAAUGACACUGUUGUCAGAAGUCCAGGCUGCAAACCUGGUUGGAUCAGAUAUGGUAGCUACUGCUACACAGCAGGAUCAGAGAGUAAAACCUUUGAGGAAUCCAAACAGAUGUGUGAGGAAACAGGAUCUUAUUUGGUUGACAUUACAAACAGGGUUGAAAAUGCAUUCUUGGUCAGCUUGGUUGGCGCACGACCUGAGAAACACUUCUGGAUUGGGUUGUCUAACCAAAGGAAUCAACGCUCUUUUGAGUGGACCAAUACCGACAAAGUUGCAUUCACUCACUUCAAUGCUGGAAUGCCUGGUGGAAAAAAAGGAUGUGUUGCCAUGACCACGGGAAUACUUGCUGGAUUAUGGGAUGUGCUAAACUGUACUAAUAAGGAGAAAUACAUCUGCAAGCAGAUAGCUGAGGGGGUGGUGACAACUCCAGCCACCUCCAUCAUCACUCCUGUAAGCUGUGCACAGGACUGGCAUCCAAUCACAAACAGAGAUUUAUGCUUCAAGCUGUUCGAUCCAGGAUACAAAGAUGUAAAAUCUUGGUUUGAGGCGCUCGCCUUUUGCCAGGAGCUUGGAGGUGAUCUCCUGAGUGUCCACAGUGACGAUUCUUUUCCUGAGAGUACUAAAUUCUCAACUGAAGCGUGGAUUGGUUACAGCAUCCAGGAUCCUUCUGCUGGUUACGUAUGGAGUGAUGGGUCCUCUUCAUCCUAUGAAAACUGGCAAGAUGGUCAACCGAAUAAUUUAAACAAUGUGGAAAACUGUGUCACGGUUAGACUUCACCGGUUUUGGCGAGGUGAAGGACAAUGGAAUGACCUGCACUGUGAAGACAGGAAGGCGUGGUUUUGUGAAAUUCAAAAAGGAGUGACUCCAAAAGAAGUAGAAAUUGGAAGCAGAAGCUAUAAUACAACCUCUGAUGGCUGGAUUAUAUUCAAGGGCAAGCAGUAUUACACCUAUCAAGGUUUUUCCAUGGCUAUGGCAAAUGCACGACAUUUCUGUAAGCAGAGACACAGUGAUCUUGUGGUCAUCAAUGAUGAGGAGGAGAGAGUUUUUGUAUGGCAUCAGGCUAGAUAUGCCUUACAUGACGUUUAUAUUGGCAUGAAUAUUGAUAUGGACAAGUCGCUAACGUGGAUGGAUGGAUCCCCAGUAGUAUACCAGGCAUGGGAAACUAACCAGCCUGCCUUUUUAAACAGUGAAGAGAACUGUGUGAGGAUGACUCGAUUACAGGGCCUUUGGCAAAGUGUACACUGUGCACAUCAUGAGAAGUUUAUCUGUGAGCGGAGUGGAGCUGCUCUAAUCAAUGCCACUGAUGCCCCCGGCCAACCUGUAGGGGGCUGUGCUUCGGACUGGCUGAACCUAAAGGGACAGUGUUACAAAAUAGGACUGCAACUAAAAACAUGGACUGAAGCUCGAUCCUACUGUAGAAGUCUUGGAGGAGAUCUAGCUUCUGUUCUUGGCCGACUUCAGCACGCCUUUCUAACCUCAGUAAUGGAUGACAGCACCUCAGAUCUAUGGAUCGGUUUGAGUAAUAUAGCAAUAAAUAGAUACAGAUGGACAGAUGGGAGUGGAAUACAUUACACAGUCUGGGCUAAAGGAGAACCAUCACUGCAGCAAAAUAUGGGUCCAGCUUGUGUUGUAAUGGGAAAUAUGAGAAGAGCUGAGCCGGGCAAAUGGGUAACAAGAGACUGCAAUAAUACCAACGGCUUCAUCUGCAGACGAGCACCUGAUCCUUCCUUCAUCAUCCCAAGCACCACACAGGCACCUAACACGUUCGUUAAGGUCGGAAAUUCUUCUUACAUGGUCACUGAAACCAAGCUGACCUGGACGGAAGCUAAGCACCACUGUGAAACAAAGGGAGCACACUUGGCCAGUAUUCGGGAUGUCCCCACACAGUCCUACGUUGUGCUGCAAACACACAAAUUUGGGCAGCCCAUGUGGAUCGGCCUUAAUACCAUGGAGACAGAUGGAUACUUCUUGUGGAUUGAUAAUUGGCAUCUGAAUAUGGAGAGCUGGGCCUACAAUGAACCAAGGAAAGAACACCCCUGUGUUUAUGUGGAUAUUUAUGGAAACUGGAAGACAGCAUCCUGCAAUCAAACGUACUAUAGCCUGUGCAAGAGGUCAACAGAAACAGCCCCAGUUGCUCCUACUAAGUACCCAGGGCUGUGCCCUGAGAGAACUGACAUGUAUCCAAAGAUGACAUGGCUGUCUUAUAAAGGGUCCUGUUAUGCAUUUGUGACCCAGGAAGAAUCAUGGAGCACAGCCUCUCGAAUUUGUAUGACAAGAGGAGCUACGCUUCUUAGCAUUAUGGAUCCGAUGGAAGACAAGUAUGUAAUGAACUACAUUACAUUAUUUCCGGAUGAUUAUAUGUAUUUCUGGAUUGGCUUUUUCAAGACCCAUGCAGACCACUGGCUCUGGCUUGAUAACAGUGCUGUGGAUUACACUAACUGGGAACCAUCUGAAAAUGAAGAUUCUUCUGAAUACCUCUUCUGUGCGUCCAUAUCAGUCAUUAGCAAACAGUGGCGUAAAAGCCAUUGUGGAAAUCGCUUGCCAUUUAUCUGCAAAGUAGCCAAAGAUACAAAGUCAGUCACCAGAAUGACAUAUACAGAUGCUGCUGCAGGGGAUGCUGGGAAACAGAGAGCACACAUUGUGGUGUCCGUGCUCGUGGCUAUAGCAGCAGUGUGCAUCUUGGCUGGACUGGCCUUCAUCUACCGCAGAGCAUCCAAAAAACAGGAUCCUCCAAUUGAGGAUCCAGUAUUUUACACACAAACUGACCCCGUGGUAGAUGACAAAGAAACCAAGGCGUUAGUUGACCAAAUGGAAAUUAACGAACAGGAACCUCCAUUAUAAUGUUUCUUACUGACAAAAGUAAACUGGUAAUGUCUACUUUUUAACAUAUGCAGUAAGAUCUAAGUUCUUCUUAUAUCCAAGUUAAACUUAUCUUUUGGUAGUCUCAGUUACUCAAAAUUGAGGAAGGUGAAGGAACUAGCUAGCAGUUACACGUAGAGGUUGGAAAGUCUGACUUCGUCUCAGAAGGUGGAGACGCGACUAAGCUUGCUAAAUCAAUGUUUUUAAUACAGAUAUUUUAAUGAA